AUGAGGAGUGUAGUGCUUGUUGCUUUAGCCGCUGCAAUAGGGAAUAUGUUGCAGGGCUGGGACAAUGCUACCAUUGCAGGAGCUGUAAUUUACAUAAAGAAAGAAUUUCAUUUGGAGAAAGAACCAAAGAUAGAAGGACUGAUCGUAGCAAUGUCUCUCAUUGGAGCCACUCUGAUCACAACUUUCUCUGGCCCUGUCUCUGACAAAGUAGGACGGCGUUCCAUGCUUAUACUCUCGUCUCUUCUCUAUUUUCUGAGUAGCAUCGUUAUGUUUUGGUCUCCCAAUGUCUAUGUCCUCCUUUUCGCAAGGCUUCUUGAUGGCUUUGGGAUCGGUCUAGCUGUCACUCUUGUCCCAAUCUACAUCUCUGAGACCGCACCUUCUGAGAUCAGAGGAUUACUCAACACUUUCCCACAAUUCUGUGGGUCUGGUGGGAUGUUUUUGUCGUAUUGUCUUGUCUUUGGGAUGUCCCUUCAAGAAUCUCCCAGCUGGAGGCUCAUGCUCGGGGUUCUGUCAAUUCCAUCCAUUGCCUACUUUGUACUUGCGGCUUUCUUCUUACCUGAAUCUCCAAGGUGGCUCGUCAGCAAAGGGCGGAUGGAUGAAGCUAGACAGGUUUUGCAGAGACUCCGUGGCAGAGAAGAUGUUUCAGGCGAGCUUGCUCUGCUGGUUGAAGGGCUUGGUGUAGGAAAAGACACGUCGAUAGAAGAAUAUGUGAUUGGACCGGACAACGAGGAUAGCGAGAGUGGACAUGAACUGCCGAGAAAAGAUCAGAUAAAACUAUACGGUCCAGAGGAUGGACAGUCAUGGAUGGCUAAGCCAGUGAAAGGACAGAGUUCUCUUGCAUUGGCGUCCCAACACGGCAGCAUGUUACAGCGUGGUGGAUCCCUCAUGGACCCACUUGUCACUCUCUUUGGUAGCAUUCAUGAAAAACUCCCUUCUGAGAACAUGAGCACGUCAACUCGCAGCAUGGUCUUCCCCAAUAUGGGAAGUAUAGUGGGGAUGACGGGAAGGCAGGAGUCCCAGUGGGAUCCAGAGAGAAACAAUGAAGAUAGCUCUGACCAAGAUGAAAGCUUAAAUAGUCCUCUGCUUUCUCCGCCAACCACUGAGCCGGAUGACUCCAACCAGCGGACCAUUGGGACCAUGCAGAGGCGACAGAGCAGCUUGUUUAUGGCAAACGUGGGUGAGACAGCGACAGCUACAAGCAUAGGCGGAGGAUGGCAAUUGGCUUGGAAGUAUAAUGACAAGGUUGGUGCAGAUGGUAAGAGAGUCAACGGAGGGCUACAGAGAAUGUAUAUACACGAAGAAACUGCCAACAACAACGCCAACAACAAUCCUUUCUCGCGACGUGGAUCGCUUCUCUCCUUCCACCCAGAAGCUGAUGUUCCUGAUCAGGAGAAUGGAUAUGUUCAGGCUGCUGCACUUGUUAGCCAAGCUUCGAUGAUGCCUGGAGGUAAAGGAGAGAUUGCAAUGUUGCCACAGGAGGUUAAGGAUGGUCCAGGUUGGAGGGAGCUGAAGGAACCAGGGAUAAAGAGAGCUUUGAUAGUUGGAGUUGGGCUUCAGAUACUGCAACAGUUUGCAGGAAUAAAUGGAGUAAUGUAUUAUACACCUCAAAUAUUAGAAGAAACAGGUGUGUCAAGUCUUUUGACAAACCUUGGAAUAGGUGCAGAGUCUGCAUCGCUCCUCAUUAGCGCCUUAACCACACUCUUGAUGCUUCCCUGCAUUAUUGUUUCCAUGAGGUUAAUGGAUGUAACCGGAAGAAGGUCUCUGUUGCUUUCCACUAUUCCCAUUUUAAUACUGUCGCUGGUAACACUGGUGGUAGGAAGCUUGGUGAAGCUUGGAGGUACAACAAAUGCAUUGAUAUCGACAGCCAGCGUUACGGUGUACCUAAGCUGUUUCGUGAUGGGUUUUGGGGCCAUCCCAAACAUCUUAUGCUCAGAGAUCUUCCCUACCUCUGUGCGCGGUCUCUGCAUCACCAUCUGUGCCCUCACUUUCUGGAUCUGUGAUAUAAUCGUCACUUACACUCUCCCUGUCAUGCUCAAAUCCCUUGGCCUGGCGGGAGUCUUCGGCAUUUAUGCAAUCGUCUGUGCUGUCGCAUGGGUUUUUGUGUACCUCAAGGUACCGGAGACAAAGGGGAUGCCCCUUGAAGUUAUCUCCGAGUUCUUCUCUGUUGGUGCAAAACAGCAAGACGCUGCUGCUUCGUUUCUCUCUGAUGGAUGACUUUCUUUUCUCUGUUGCCUUUUUCAACGUUCCUGCUGUAUUUGAUGAACACAUUAAUAAGAACAGAUCCAUACCACUA